GCCUACUUGGCACGGAGACGUUGUUGGAGUGGAACAUGGACUUGUAUCAGCCUGAAGGCAUCUCCUACAACAUCCGGUCUUCUCAGGCGACCUUCACGGGCAUCAACGGUCAAGCAGACCCCUCAUGUGGCGAGUUUCUCGGACCGAUCUGGGUCGAAGGCAUGGCGAAGGGCACCACCUACCAGGCGGACAUGAUAGGAAGUCAGGUUAUCAUGGAGAACCCAUCUCGAUCAGCUAUCUGGAAGCAGUCUGAUCUUCGUCUGAUCCCAGACAUCCUGAUGCGCGAGAUGCAUGACAACAUUACUGACCAGUGCGCGCAUGGAGCUUGGAGUGUGGAUCUGAAGUUGCCGAUUCGCAAGAGGACCUUCUUCCGAAGUACGACGCGGCUGCGAAGCACAUCCAGAUCCUGCAAAUGCACAACACCACAUGCGGAGCUGCAAGGCACCGACGACAAGGGUCGCAAGCGAACGGCUUUGGCAGCAGUUUAUCCAGUUGGGUUGUGCCGAUCAUUGGUCAAGGACAUGGUCAAGCACAUGCACUCCUGCCGGACACAGGUCACGAUCAUCAAACCUUCCUUCGACCUGGGCAAGCUAGCUCAGAAGUUGACCCAGGCUGCCUCGGACGAAGAACGCAUCAAGCUGCUCAUGGGCCUUCACUACAAGUUCUUUCACCCUCCAGACUUUGAGAUCGAGAGGAUGAUUCGAGCUCUUGGACUACCUGCACCUAUUCGAGAGCUAUGCAAAGGUCUGGCCGAGCACUGCGAAACCUGCUUGCAGCGACAGCGAGCUAUGAACAAGCCGAGUAUCAAGAUGACCAUCGCAGUUCGUUUCAAUGAGCGCGUCCAAGCAGAUCUGUUCUUCGUAUUCGAGAAGACUUGGCUGAUGAUGAUCGACGAAUGCAUCAGGUACCGCAUCGCAUGCCAUUUAGCUACCAAGCAGGGCAAGGACGUUCUACGUGCAAUGCUUGGUCACUGGAUUCGGUAUUUCGGGCCGAUGGACAACCUGGUGAUGGAUCAAGAAGGCGGUAUGACAAAUGACAACGUGGCGCUGGUGGCAGACAGAUACAAUCUACGGCUGAUAUUUGGUGGAGCUGACGGACACACCACCACAGGCCUGGCAGAGCGAGCGAUUCAGACCUUGAAGCUGACUGCUCUCAAGACGAAGCGCGACGUGAUCAAGCAAGGCCUGACCGACAUCAGCGACGAGGACAUAGUGGAGGAAUCAGCGAUGGUGGCAAAUCUCUUUAUGAAUUAUGGCGGCUCGGUUCCAGCUCAAGGGUUGUUCGGAUACAUGCCUAAGGACGCCUACGAUCCUGAAGCAGGAACUCUGACGGCUACGCAGAGUGCGAUGGAUCUCACGCCGGACCCGACCGAGCAGCACCUGCGCCUCAGGCUCUUGGCAAAGUCUAACAUCCUGCAGGCCAUCAUCGAGGAAAGGAUCGCCAAGGCCAACAAUACACGUCAGCAAGCUCAGGACGCCAAGUGGAUCGAGACGCUCAAACCUCAUGAUCAAAUAGCUAUCUGGCGUACACCAGCCAGGAAAGAUCAAGAUGGCUGGCGAGGUCCAGCGGAGUUCAUCAGCCUUGACAAGGACAAGGCGGCGGCCAUCGUGAUUCAUCAGAAUCAGCCAUACAAGAUACCGACAAGGCACAUGCGAGCACGACGAAUGAGCUUCUACGUCCUGGGCACAUCCUGGGACAAAUAUCAAGUGUACCUCGGCAGCGGCAGCACGAUGAAGCUCACGGAGUUAUUCGAGAUCAUUGAAGGCACACCACCAGGCAUCGUGUAUCGCAUGGGUAUCUUCAACGAGCAACCGACACCACCGGAACUACUGCAGACACCUCCUCCGACAUGGUUGCUGGCACAGAGUGUGGGUAUGACCAUCUUUCGGAUGACGAGCGUGGACGGCAUCAUCUACGGUCAAGGACAACGACAGCUAAAGGGUCUGAGUGAAUUCACACAUGGAGUGAUCGUGGCCUGGCGAGAUCGACACCGAGAAGACUACUACAGCAGCGACAUCGAUCCGAGUCAACCGAUCAACAUGGUGAAGUUCGUAGGCGCCGACUGGGACAAGUACCAUUUUCUAUUAUUGGUAUCAAAGCAUCGGUAUGGUGACGACAACCCGGGCACCUACCAGCAUCCUGAUCUAAGACUCGGCAUGACCCGAGAGCACGACAGGAGACCGAUUUGGACGACAGCAUCAUCGACCUUGGACAUCAGCGGAAACAAGCGCGACCAACUACUGAACCACUUCAAGAUGGACCAGCACCUGGAGAUGAUCCGCAUCAUGAUCGAGGAUUUCAACCAGUUCAAGAUGGACAAGCAGUCUCGGCUCAAACAGCAAUUGAUUCAGGAAUCCGAGUUCGAGAGCCUCUGGCCCCAGAUAGAAGAAUCCGACCACAAUGAGAUCAAGAACUACGUCAAGCACGACUGCUUCAGGCCCAAGUUGAAGACCGAGUGUAACAACGCCAACUUCAUCGACGCUACUUGGGUCAGACGAUGGAUGUGGAAGGAGAAAUGGGUCGUGCGCUGCAGACUCUGUGGACGAGGACUCAUUGAUGCCCCACUGCUAUGGCAGGCAGCGCUGACGCUCCACAUCAAGGACAAGAUGGCGGGCAAGCGAGCACUAUUGGACGAGAACUGCUUUGUGUGGCAUGAUGACAAGACGGAGGAGCUCACGCUAGCGACUACAGUACAUGUGGAUGAUCUCUUCCCGACAGGCAGGCAGUCAUGGCUGAAUUGGGCACAUGAUUUGCUGGAGAAGAAGUUCGGCAAGAUCACGAGGAAGACCAUGCCCUUCACUCAUCUUGGCAUCGAAUAUCAUCGACUACCAGAUGGCACUAUCUUUCUGAGUCAGGACGCCUACCUGGACACGAUAGAAUCACCACAGUUGGACAAAGAACGAAGACGAUUGCGGAGAUUCUACCACUGGCCGACCGAAGUCAUGGUCAUGGACAGCCUCACAAAGCCAGGGCAGUUUCCGCAGAUGCAGGAUUACUUAUUAUCGGGAAUGAUACGACAUCGACGACUACUCAAAAUGAAGACCGGCAUCGAGAACGUGAUUACUGUCAAGGAGAUAGCCUCCAGGAGCGAGUUCACAGAGAGCGACCUGGUGAACAUCCAGGCCUAG